ACGUGUCCCUCCGGAAGCGGGAGGCAGACGGCAGCGACAUGGCGCCCCCGGCUCCAGGCCCGGCCUCUGGCGGCUCUGGGGAUGUGGACGAGCUGUUCGACGUGAAGAACGCUUUCUACAUCGGCAGCUACCAGCAGUGCAUCAAUGAGGCGCAACGGGUGAAGCCGUCCAGCCCGGAGAGAGACGUGGAGCGGGAUGUGUUCCUGUACCGCGCCUACCUGGCCCAGAGGAAGUUCGGUGUCGUCCUGGACGAUAUCAAGCCCUCAUCCGCCCCAGAGCUGCAGGCCGUGCGCAUGUUUGCCCAGUACCUGGCCAAUGAGAGCCAGAGGGAUGCCAUCGUGGCCGAGCUGGACCGGGAAAUGAGUAAAAGCGUGGACGUGAGCAAUAGCACCUUCCUGCUCAUGGCCGCCUCCAUCUACUUCCAUGAGAACAACCCAGAUGCAGCCCUGCGCGCCCUGCAUCAGGGGGACAGCCUGGAGGGCAUGGCCAUGACGGUGCAGAUCCUACUGAAGCUGGAUCGCCUGGACUUGGCCCGGAAGGAGCUGAAGAAGAUGCAGGACCAGGACGAGGACGCAACACUCACGCAGUUGGCCACCGCCUGGGUGAACCUGGCCGUGGGUGGUGACAAACUGCAGGACGCCUACUACAUCUUCCAGGAGCUGGCCGAUAAGUGCUCGGCCACACUGCUGCUGCUCACGGGCCAGGCCGCCUGCCACAUGGCACAGGGCCGCUGGGAGGCUGCUGAGGGUGCGCUGCAGGAGGCGCUGGACAAGGACAGCGGCCACCCUGAGACACUUGUCAACCUCAUCGUCCUAUCGCAGCACCUGGGCAAGCCCCCUGAGGUGACGAGCCGGUACCUGUCCCAGCUGAAGGACGCACACAGGACUCACCCAUUCAUCCAGGAGUACCAUGCCAAGGAGAGCGACUUUGACCGGAUGGCACUGCAGUACACGCCCAGCGCCUGACCCGCACCUGAGCCGCCUUCCUGCCAGGUCCCCCAAUAAACAUCUCUGCCACCA